AUGGAGGUGGACCGUCAAGGUUUGCGCCUGCCGUUAAAGACGCGAUCGAAUCUUAGCCUUUUCAAAUCCUCGCAGGCCGACUCUUCCAAGGCUCAGAAAUUACCCAAGGCUACUAGAGAUUCAAGAUUUAGAAAGUCACCACUCAGUGGUCGAAGUGGUAAGGUUGGAGGAUCCAAGGUGCGCAUACCCGGUAUAACUGGUUCGAAACCCUUGGUACCAGCAGGUGAGAGGAGGUCUGGAGGCCACGAUGGAAAUAAAGCGAAACGAGAUACCGACGGCGAUAAGUGGAAUAUAACCCCUGAUGGAGGUUCAGCUGGUCGGGAGGGAAGACAUUUCACUGUGGCUAACGUGGGUAAUGGCGGUAAAAUAUUUUUAAGGCCUACCAUACGACCAGCAAACCAAAGAUACCCGCAACCUAACUUCGUAUUCCCGGCCACGCCGCCAGGUACCACAGGUUUGGAUUCUUUCCUUCAGAUAAAAAAGGCAUCCGAGGAAAACAGCGAGCUGCUUAGUAGUCAAUGGACCCCCACACCUUUAUCCGAUUCUUCAUCGCUUGGGAUUGUAAGGAAGAAGACUUAUUUCGACUUGAAGGCACCGAAGAACCGAAGUAGUCGGCGUGCUAUGUCUGAUUCAACAAUUCAUGCCCCGAGCAUAGCACAGGAGGGCGAGGCAGGCGUUUUUAAGGUGAUCAUAUCGAAGCCACAGGAUGGGUCGAGAUCGAAAACCGCCGAAGAUUUAGGUCGGGAUCAGGGUUCGCUUCUACAGGUUUCUAUUCCCUCGUGGAAGCUAGGCACACCGAGAUUUACUCUGAGGGGAACGCCUCUAAUUCGAGGCUCGUCUUAUGCGCCGACUGAGGAUUUUCGUUCGAGCAAUGCGUCAUUCUUUCGACCAUCAGUGCGUGAUCUAAAUUCGCUCCAUCCUGAUUCCAUAGACAGCAUAAGGCAAAGGGCGAGCUCUACGCCUCACAUUCACCUACCAUCGCCGGGUUUACUUAGUCCUACCACCAUUACCGCACCACGAUAUCCUCACCCUCUAGUUCGGUCGGCGUAUCUCUCUACACACUUGGUCAUCGAACCUUCCAUGUUUGACUCACUUACUUUUAAACCGGCUUGUGAUGAUCGUUCAAUUGUUCGCUAUUCGUCUACUACAGGCGCCGUAACGGCUGCUACGCCUCCACGUCUAGUCGCCGAAAUUACGUCACCUAGUUUUCUGGACUAUGAACUAAUAUCAGACUUCUUCCUCACAUUCCGUGCGUUCAUCGAGACGAAGGACCUGCUCCGGAUGCUGGUUUCUCGACUUCGAUGGGCCGUGUCUCGGGACGAUGAGACGGGAAUGGUAGUUAGAGUAAGAACUUUUGUUGCUAUGAGGCACUGGAUCUUAAACUACUUUGUCGAUGACUUUGUCGUGGAUUAUCACCUUCGCGUAAUGUUUUGCAACCUCAUAAACGACUUUGUCGAAGAACUUUCUCAAGAUGAGAAGGGACGGAAAGUCCAGUUGAAGAUCCUUGCAGAGCUAAAGAAAUGCUGGAGACGUGUAUGUACGCAAUUCUGGGACGGUCCAGAAUUUGACUCGUCAUUGGGCCCCGACAUUCCUAUCGCGCCGGGUGGAAUCGCUGGUCAUCGAGAUCCUAGCUUGGACCCUAGCUUUUGGGAAACCGACUCCGAGGACCCGCCUCAGAUAUACGAUCUUUCUCUUCCGGAGAAUGAUCCAUAUUCUGAAAAUAGCUUCUAUGCAGAUGUAUCUAAGGCAGGUCAUAUCGACUCGAUUUUACUCGGUGGAGUACGUCCGGAUACUCCAGAAGAGGAGCGGCCCACUGAAUUACAGAGGAGACAGACCUCACCGAUCAGUAUUGCAAGUCUCGACGUAGUCUCCUGUUCAUUCCCAACCAAGGCAUUUCGGAUGGCCGACCCAAAUUCAAGUUCUACUCUUGCCGCCCACCCUGUUGAUCCUAGCUCAAUUUAUACCAAUGCGGAUCCUGUUGCCCCUACUCCACGUGCUCUGACAGGAAAGCGUGUUAGGCCUCAUACUUCUCAUAGGCGCAACAACAGCCUUACGGACUCACUCCGAGAACACGGCUCAGUUACCGAAAAGGUUGUUUACAAGAACGCGGAAUUCCUGCUUACUCUGCCAUAUGCUGGUAGUCUUGUCCGAGGAAAUGUCUUGCCUCCCACGCAAGCUUUUGUCGAUGUGGAUCCUCCGGGCCCAUGGGGAACAGCACGCCAAACUACCGUCUUCCAACCUCACCCGACCGAAGGGUCAAAGGUAAAAGGCUCUGGUUCGGCGAUGUCGGGCCAGGGAAUGAGGAAAUUAAUUGGCGGUGUUCGGAGAGCGUUAAGUAUGAGGGGCCAGGGAGUUUUACCGACUCAUGGAAAUCUCAUCGACAUCGUACCUAUCGGAGCUCGGGGUGCUACAACCAAUAGGAUUCCAGGAACAGCAGUUGUACCACAGACACGAUCGCCUCGUCCGAAUGGCCCUCGUGCGCCUGUGCGUAUUGAUAUCCUGGGCGCUACAAUUGCUGAGGACUUCAAGAAAGCUGUGCGGGAGGAUGCCAUUGUUGUCGAAGAAGUGACCGAUGACGGCCACGGCAGCAAUACCAAUGACCCUAUCGAAUAUUCGCCGGCUCAUUUGGACUCUUCAUUUGAGCUCAAGCGUACGAGUGAUGGUGCAAUCACAACAGGAAGCAAGUCUAUAGUUAUUGUAGAUGGAACGUUACCUGGGGACUACCCACCUAUGACCGGUGCUUUGACGGCCUGGAACCCUUCUGUUGAAGCCUUUGCAGAGAGCAUGAUGAGGGCCGGUGGUGCUGAUCUGACACCGCCAACUACGCCGCCUGGACAUGCAGUACAUGGUGGUACUCCGAGGAGGUCUUCCUACCUCCUCGGGCAGCACGCUUUUCAGUCUUCAACUUCUACCAGUCCCCUACCCCCGUUCGUCCCGGAUAUGGACACACUAGGCCAGGGACGUUCUUCUGAGGAAACCAAUACCAAUGCCAAUGCCAAUGCCAACACUCGUGCGUCAGUCAAGUUCGUUGCACAGUCACCUAUCAGACCCCCACUGAGCUAUGUAAAUCGGCAUCAGCGCCAACAAUCAAGCCGAAGCUAUCGAUCGAGAGGAUCCACUGCUCAUCGACGAUGGGCAUCUUUUCAGAGUGGCAUCGCAGCGCAGUCUACAAUCAGGAGUUUCGAUGCUACCACGUACUCGGAAGGCUCAGUAGCAUCUGAAGUUAUGCCCCCACCGCUAAGAGUUCUCCGGAGACGACCAGGUGGUGACCUCAGAGGUGUAACUAACGUCCACGACCUGGAUGCCCCUCUUCAUAGGUCACGGAGCUAUGGCCGAACAAUCCGCAAAGCAGCCAGUGUCCCUAAUUACUACCCACUCAUCGAAACCAAUCAUGCGACCUCAUUCGAAGCCGAAGCCCAAAAGCUCGCGCAAAUCCCUGAUGAUGUGGAUGAUGAUGGAGGAGUCGAGUCGGCACUCCUAAAACUCGAGGGCAAAUACGAGAGGAGAAUUGCUAAGCUCUCGAUGGAACCGUCGAAGUUGCCCCCUGGGAAUCUUAAGGAACUUAAAGAACGGUCCCUUGGAACUCCCGAGGUAGAGCACGUCCAAGAAGAGAAACGAAAGCACCGUCAACAACACAUCGGCGAGGAAGAAAACGGCAUCGUAUCACCAUUGGAGGAGAAUUUUGAUAUUCCACUCCAUGGGCAAUCAACACUUUCUCGUGCCUCUGAGGUAGUUUCGUUCCUAUCGGAAGAUUCGAGAGAGACUUAUAACUCAAUCCCGCUACUUGAUCGUGGGUUAACAGACGAUGAACGUAGCAAAACGGCUGCUCGCGAGUGGGCAAAUCACUCAAUAUUAAUAGGCCCCGACACGCCGCAAGAAGAAGACGGAUCAAUACUUGUCUCCUCGCAGCACCCGUCCUACGAGUUUGUACAGAAAACGGAAAGCAUUAACAAGAUCAAGCCGGGAGCAACUACCCCUGAAGAUGUCCCAUUCCUAGACGUGGAUAGUGAUAAUGAGUCUGAUCUCUCAUCUGAAAUGUCGGGUGAAAUGCCUGAUACGGAAGAUUACAUUUUUGGAGAACCACAUUCACCCAAGAGACCUAGUCCUAUCAAUACCGGAACGUCUCCUGAUACGGAGGGCGGAGUUACUUUUACGUCUCGAGACAAGCCCCCGUCCCCUCCCAUGACGCUCACACAGGCCUCUCGGGGGUCAUUGGAUGUAGAGCAUGUCCCACAAAUUCACGAACAUCAGCUAUGGGCUCAGAAACCACUACCGCCUACCCCUGAUACCACACCUACCACUGCAAUGUAUCGUCACGGUUCUGAAUCGCCCAAGGAUCCAACCGGCACCGAAGAGGCGCUUCGUAACGCGCCUAGAUUAUCUAACGAAGGGAAGCAAAAGAACACAGCACAUUUGCCCUUUAUCCUCGCCUUCGACUCCGAGAUUCUCGCUCAGCAGUUUACCUUGAUCGAAAAGGACGCAUUGAAUGAAGUCGAUUGGAGGGAGUUAAUUGACAUGCGUUGGAAAAACUCUAACAAUGACUCACGGUCCUGGGUUGACUUCCUUCGAAACACAGAUGCUCAUGGUGUUGAAGUUGUUGUUGCGCGGUUUAACAUCAUGGUCAAGUGGGUAGUCUCGGAGAUCGUACUAACUCAAAACGUGGAAGAGCGAGCCCGUUGCAUCAUCAAGUUUCUCCACAUCGCUGUCCAUUGUAGGAAGUAUCGCAACUUUGCUACAAUGAGCCAGAUCACUAUCGCAUUGACAUCGAAUGAAGUGGCAAGGCUCGCCAGGACUUGGGCUAUGGUUCCACCUACUGAUCUAAAGACCAUGAGAGACUUGGAGACACUGGUUUCGCCAACAAGAAACUUCUACAAUAUACGAGCAGAGAUGGAGGGACCUGGCGAUGCUGCCGAUAUGGGAUGCAUUCCUUUCGUUGGUAUAUAUAUCCACGACUUGCUUUAUAACUCGCAACGGCCAUCUGAGAUUGCUAGCUCGCCGACUACAGCGCCUCUGGUCAAUUUUGAGCGCUGCCGCAUCGCUGCUUCGGUGGUGAAAACAUUACUUCGUCGUCUACUUGAAGCCAGCACUCAUUAUCAGUUUCAGCCCAUCGAAGGUAUUACCGAGCGAUGUCUCUGGAUGAGUGCUCUGAGUGACGAGGACAUCAGAAAGCAUUCAGAGAGUCUCGAAUAG